GCCCAUAAGUUGAGACGAUGACGGUAAACAACAAAUGAAGGAACGGCUUUGGUAGUGACACGUCACGAUUCUCCCGCCACCACACCAGAGCUUUUGCUUCAUCUCCUUCUUCCUCUACUCUCUCUCUGUGUGUCUCUAAUCUCACACAGACAACACAGAGAUGGCUUGUGUUCGGUCGAUUGGUUCUCUAACUUCUGUCACUCAUUCUCCACGAAAUGUUCCUCGCUCAGGCAUUGUCUUAUCUUCAUGCUCUGUUCUUCCCAUCAAAGGCUCCUCUUUCACUGGCUCCCCUGUUUCUCUCCUGCGGGCUCAACCCUCAUCCCGAACAGCUCUAAGACCGAGGAAACCCGUCUCUAUCACGUUGAUGGUAAAACCGACGCUCCAAUUCAUUCAAGGGACGGAUGAGAUGACCAUCCCUGAUGUUAAGCUGACUCGGUCAAGAGACGGAUCUAACGGAAUGGCACUCUUCUCUUUUGAUCAGCCAUCGGUUUUCGACUCGAGCGGUGAAGUCGGGGAGAUUACAGGAUUGUACAUGAUCGAUGAGGAAGGUGUGAUUCAGUCCACGGAUGUAAACGCGAGAUUCGUGAAUGGGAAACCGGAAGGGAUUGUGGCGAAACACAUUAUGCGAAGUCCGAAAGAAUGGGACAGGUUCAUGAGGUUUAUGGAGCGAUACUCAGACCAGAAUGGCUUGCAGUUUGUUAAGAAGCAAUGAGGUGGGAGACACAAUUAGCAAAAAACAUGUGUAUGUUACAUUAAAUUUUUUCACUCUUUUGAUUUAUAAUCUUUUACUCUCCUAGUUUUGAUCUUUACUUAAGUAUCAACUUACAAUGGUAGAGUUCGUUUAAUCAUUCAGGAUUUUGUUCUGAUUAA